AGUAGAAAAAUCAUCAGCCAGUUUGGCUGUUUGACGGAGGACAUGUGUAAAAGAAGCUUCAGGUUGCUCACAAACUUUUUAUGCUGCUCGAAGAAGUCCGUCUGAUCAAAGUAGGAGGAAAAAGUCAACACCGUGAUUUAUUAUUUUAAUCCCUUGUAAUCCUGGUAACCAAACCAGGAUAUGAAAUAGGAAAUGUGGCACACAUGCGGGUUUCGGAAACGAGGUUGUGAAAACACCCGCACAAAGUCCACCUUCAUGCCCCCUCUCCACCACCACCACCACCUCCCCACUCCCCCACCGGGCCGGGGCGUCGCGGCGGACAAUGACCUGUGUUUCCCCGGCACAAAGUACUCUCUGUGUCCGCCGGAGUCUCCAUUCCCCCUCCACCCGCCCCGCUUUAAUGGAGGUGAUUGGCCGUGUUCAGCACAGCACGGCCCGCCGCUGCGUGUGAUUAAUCACCGCGUUAAACGCUGGAGCUCGGCGUCUCCCACCCCCUCCCUCCUCGAGGUGGAGAGGGGCGGCAGGCCGACAGGGACCCCGGGCAGCCCCAACGACGCCCCGGGUCAGCAUCCGUCGGUAGCAAAUGAAAAGAGCGGAGUGGAGAAAAGUCAUCAUCCGUCACAUCUGGUUUACAUUAAGGCAGAGCCAGGCCCGAUGGCUCCUGCUGCUGGACUGUCUGACGGCUUUGACGGCGGCUCAGUGUCGUGUGGCGUUGGCGUCCGGGCCGUGCCAGGCGGCGUGUGUGGUCAACGGGCCGACUGGGAAAGCCGCAGGGGAGGGGAUCGAGACGAAGGCCGCGUGUCAAGGCAAGAAGCCCACCCCUUCAAUGUUGGAACCACACUUGGAACCGACCUCAAGACUACAAGAGCCCGUGUACGACAAGAGAUCUACAGACAACACCUGUUCAGCACCACCUACAGCGACUACUGAACAAUCUUCUACUCCAUCAGCCAACAUGGAAAGGAGGUACAACCUGAGACCUGAAAAAUCAAGGGAACAUUUAAAUCACACACAUCUUGAUGAACAAAUUACUAAAGUUGAAAAUCUUUACUGAUGUACAUUGUAUAAUUUGUUGAGAACAAAAAUGACAACAGUCAAUGGAAACCAAAAUCAUCAACCCAUUGAGGGCUGGAUUCAAAAUCACAUCAAAAAUCAAAGUAAAAAAAAUUGAAAUCACAGGCUGAUCCAGCUUGUGUCCAAUGUGACUCAGUAGAAUGUGUGGGAUCUCCUCUCAGACCUGGAUUGGGGCAUCAGUGAGCUCCUGAACAGUCUGCGGCAGCAUAAUGUUCACCAUGGCAUCUCCACACUCUUUCACGUCUGUCGCCUGCUCUCAUUUAUGAAGAGAAUGGGGCGCCAAUGGCGUACCUGCCAAUUCUGGUGUUGGGGGAAUGCCAAGUGAGCUGCACAGUGCUGGGCUGUGAGCACAGGUCCCACUUGAGGCCUUCUAUGGCCUUGUCCAGCUCUCUUUGCAUAAUGGCCAUUCUCCUGGCAUCGCUCUGGUGUUGAACUAUAUGUUCAACCUGAUCGGAGCGCAGAUACCACCUCAUGCUACCAGUGGUAACACUAGCAGAGCACAAAACUAACAAACUCUGGCCACUACAUGCAAAACCAUUCCCUUUUUGGGGGUUAUCUUGCUUUUGACUCACCAUUGCACCUGUUGUUUUCAUUUUUAAUUUCAUUUGCACCAAAACAGGUGAAAUUGAUUCACAAUCACAAGGUUAACUGAUUUGGUGUUAUACUGUAAUGAUUAAGUGUUCCCUUAAUUUUUUCGACCCAUGUAUUUUCCACCAGAUUGCUCCAUUUUCUCAUGUUUAGCCUACAGAGCAAAUACAUGCAGUUUCCCAGGUUUCAGAUUUCCCUGUCUUAUGGAGCACUGUAGGCCGAUGGAAUAAAUGUAUGCAACUAAAAUGGUGCAGGUCUGUUGGCAUGGAUGUCAACAAACCCACUCACACACAUAUUAUGUUUCAUAGGUGCAGUACAUUUCGGUGUAUCGGUGUAUGAGUUACAGGAUGUAAAAGGAGGUUAUUGAGCUCUGA